CUUUACUGCGUCCAUGCAUGUGGUGAAAACGCAUGGACAAAUAAUAACAAAUAUAUUGGGACAAAAUGCGUAUUGAAAAGUGUUACUUUUGUUCCGGACCCAUCUAUCCCGGGCAUGGGAUGAUGUUCGUUCGCAACGACUGCAAGGUCUUCCGGUUUUGUAAGUCAAAAUGUCAUAAAAACUUCAAGAAGAAGCGGAAUCCUAGAAAGACCAGAUGGACCAAAGCUUUCAGGAAAGCGUCUGGCAAGGAGUUAACAGUCGAUAACUCUUUGGAGUUUGAGAAACGCAGAAGUAUUCCAGUCAAAUACCAGAGGGAGCUCUGGAACAAGACAGUGGAAGCAAUGAAGAGAGUGGAAGAAAUAAAGCAGAAGCGACAGGCUCGGUUUAUCAUGAACAGACUGAAGAAGGGAAAAGAAUUGGAGAAGGAGGAGGCCAUCAGCGAAGUAAAGAAAAACAUUCACCUCAUCAGAGCACCAAAUGCUGGCAAACCCAAACAGCUGGAAGAGAAGAUGGUGCAGAAAUUACAAGAGGAUGUGGAAAUGCAAGACUAAUUGUGGAACUUUAAUGGUGGCGAUAAGAUUUUAUUUCAGUGGAGUUGUAAGGAGCGUUGCAUUUGUUUCACCAAGAGGGUUGCCUCCAUUCAAAACAUCAGCCCCAUUCAUCAGUGAAUCCAAACCUGGUUUUGCCUCUGACUCAGAGCUGAGGACAUUCAACAAUAUGUGUGACUUAGAAGCUAAUGUCACAUCAGCAUUGUUACUAAAGAAUUGUUUGGAAAUCUGCUGUGGUCUUCUCUUGUGCAGUUAAUUUCUCCUCUUUUAUGUAUUCAGUAGUACAUCACAAGUUUUGUAAAAUACCAAAAUAAAUACGUUGCUGUCCCUGAA